AUGGAACAGUCCAGCAACAGCAACCACACACAUGUUCAGUCAAAAUGGCGUCCAUAGAAGAUAUCAGAUCAAGAGUCGAAAUCAAGGAACAUGGCAUUUUGAAUACACGAGGUACAAGUUUUCCAGGCAAUUACAGUGGAUAUGAUGACUCUUGGAGCCAUGAGCAAUUUAAAAAGGACUUAAAAGUUCAAGUCAUAAAGCUUUCAGACAGUGAGAUGGAGUUUGAUUUGAUUGGAGUGGAUGCCUCGAUUGCUAAUGCAUUUAGAAGGAUAAUGCUGUCAGAGGUGCCAACAAUGGCCAUUGAAAAAGUUUUCAUAUACAAUAAUACAUCAAUUGUCCAAGAUGAGAUUUUGGCACACCGACUUGGUCUAAUACCAAUAUUUGCUGAUCCAAGAAAAUUUGAUUAUAGGCCUGAAGGAGAAGAAGAAGUACAUUCAAACACAGUCAUUGAGUUUGAGCUGAAAGUUAAGUGUACCAAAAAUCCAAAAGCACCUAGAGAUACAAAUGACCCAGAUGAGCUUUAUCUUAAUUCAAAAGUAACAACUGAACAUCUAAAGUGGGUUCCUAUUGGAAAGCAGUUCAAAGAGUACAAAGCAACUGAUAUAAGACCUGUUUAUAAUGACAUACUCAUUGCAAAACUUCGUCCAGGUCAGGAGCUUGACUUGAAAGUACAUUGUGUCAAAGGCAUCGGCAAAGAUCAUGCAAAAUUCAGUCCAGUUGCAACAGCAUCAUAUAGAUUACUACCAGAAAUAAAACUCCUAGGCCAGAUAGAAGGACAGCUUGCAGAGAGGUUAAAACAUUGUUUUCCAAAAGGUGUGAUAAAACUAGAGAACAUCGGUGGUGUGAUGAGAGCGCGAGUUGCAAAUCCAAGGAAAGAUACCUGUAGCAGGGAAUUUUUUCGAGAUGAGGAUCUCAAAGAUAAAGUCAAAUUAUCAAGGAUUCGAGAUCAUUUUAUAUUUUCAAUUGAAACUACAGGAGCCCUGCCACCAAACGUAAUAUUCACAGAAGCUAUCAAAAUUUUAAUGGAAAAGUGUAAAAGAUAUCUGGAUGCAAUUGAUAAAGAAAAUGAUAAAGAGAAGGAAAAGGAAUAGAAAAUAUGUCUUGGUUGUUUGGAAAUUCCAGUUUCAAUCCACCAUAUCAGAGCACUUAAUUUCAAGGUGGCUGGGUCCAGCUUCGUGAUACAUGACAGCUUAGUCAAAGUUACAAUUAAUGUGGAUUUGUAACAAAGGAACAGCAGAUUUACAAGAUUUGUGAAAUAAAGAGUGCUUCUCUUGAAACUCUGUAGCAAGGAACCAGCAGAUAAUCCUCUCAAUCAUUGCAAUGUUGAAUCAUUUUGAAGACAAAUUCAUGUGACAACACACAUUCUGAAUUACUGGAAGUCAUUUAUAUCUUUAAAAAAUGUUCUGUGUUGCAAAUUGAGAAUAUAUCCUAAGUAAAGUCCAUCAAGAUAAUUGAAAUUUUGUAUAUCACUACAUUUAAAGCCUUUCUUACCUUAUUACUUGUAUAUCUCUGUUCAUAUGGGCAAUUUUGUUUGUUUAUAGAGCAUUCUUAUGAUAACUUGCUAUCUUUAUGCUAACUACAAUACAGGAACUACCUUUUUAGUGUUGUUUUGUCAAUCCUUAUCUGUCAGUAUAGUUUGUCUCGAGCUCUUAACAUGUAAAUUCUAUCAGUAAAGUUGCAUUAUAAUUUUAUUUAAAUUAAUACAAUUUGAUCAAAAA